AUGGAACAGCUAAGAGAGAUUCUCGAGUCUCUCAACGGGCCUCAAAGAGAGUCUGUAGAACACACGCCCGUCGGCCCACUGCAGAUCUUGGCUGGCCCAGGCAGCGGAAAGACUAAGGUCCUAACAACUCGGAUUGCCUAUCUUAUUCUUGUACACAAGAUUCCGCCAUGGGCUAUAUGCGCUGUGACCUUCACCAACAAGGCUGCGAACGAGAUGCGCGAGCGCCUAACGAAGCUCAUCGGCAAACCGAGCACGAAGCAACUGAAGAUGGGCACUUUCCACGCGCUUUGCGCCCGCUUUCUUCGUCAACAUGCCACGCUUGUCGGUCUCAGCGAGAACUUCACGAUCCUCGACGCGGACGAGAGUGAGAAGCUCAUCGGCAAGGUCAUGAAGAAGGAAGAGUAUCAAGCCUUGCUGAACAAGAACAAGUGUAACCUUACGAAGCGCGACCUCUACGGCAAGAUCAAUAAGUCGAAGGGCAAGGGUCUCGAUCCUGAGGGUCAUAUCAAGAGCUUCAUUGAGUACUGCAACAAGAAGGGAGGGAAUAUGACGGAGAAGACCCUUCCCUUCAGUGUGACGUUCACGGUCAUGGUAUGGAAGGACUACGAGGAGGAGAACCGCAAGACCAACUGUGUCGACUUCGAUGAUCUUCUCAUCUUCGGCGUCAGACUUGUCGAGCCUAUACAGAACAGGGAGAAGGUUACGCGGUGGUGUCGGCACGUCUUGGUCGACGAAUACCAGGACACGAACUCGCUACAAUAUGCCCUCAUGAAACACAUAGCUGGUGCUCACGAUCACGUCACAAUUGUCGGCGACCCCGAUCAGUCAAUAUACGGGUGGCGAUCUGCGGAUGUAACGAACAUUCAGAACAUGAAGCGGGACUUUCCUCGAACGCAACAGAUAUAUCUCGAACAGAAUUACCGUUCGACAUCGUCUAUCCUUUCCAUUAGUCACGCUAUCAUCGCUCAAGACAAGACGCGCAUUGCCAAGUCGCUACACACCGAUCACGCUUGCGGCCCGAAGCCAAUGCUGUGCUGGUUUCAUAGCGAGCACGCUGAGGCUCUGUUCAUCGCAGCUGAGAUCAAACGCGUUAUGGCUGCAAGCGGUGGUAUGCUCAAAUGGCAAGACUUCGUAAUUCUGCUGCGAUAUGGAGCACUCUCGCGCAACAUAGAGGCUGCCCUGCAGAUCGAAGGCAUCCCAAACCGCAUGCACAAGGGCCACAAGUUCUUCGACCGUGCCGAAAUUAAGGAUCUAUUGGCGUAUCUACAGAUCGUGGAUAACCCGCUCUUUCUUCCUGCGUUCAUGCGAACGGUCAAUACACCACCCCGCGGACUAGGCGAGAAGAGCGUCGCGCAGAUAGUGGCACGUGCAGAGAAGGACAAGAUCUCAGCUCUGGCUGUGUGCGAGGCCAUAGUCGACGGACGCAUACCUGACAAUAAGCCACCGGUCAAGAAGAAGGUUUCCCCAUACGUGAAGAUCAUACGCCAGCUCCGCAAGCAUGCCGCCGCCGAUAUGGGACCCGCGGAUCUCAUCCGUGCUGUCUGCGAGUUGACCGACUACUACGCAUACCUCGCAAAGAACAAGGACCAGGCUGACCAUCGUACCGAGAAUGUUGCCGAAUUGUUGAGCUUCGCAACGCAGGCACAGGUUGGCGCAGAGACGACCGAGCUGAACAAGAUCCUUGAGAGAGAUGAGGGAGCGGGCUCUGAAGAUGGCGGACAGUCAAGGACGCCGGCCAGGGUAGUGCGGAAGGAGCCGGAGGUCAUUGAAAUUGGCUCAGACUCGGAAGAGGAGAUGCCCAGGACGUUGAGCGCCAAGGGCCGGAAGAAGGCGAAGGGCCAGUCUGACGGGGUAGCUGGGCCCGGGGAUGACGAACAGCCACAGCUUACACCCCUCCGUGAGUUCUUGCAGAACUCCAUGCUGGCCACAGAUACGGAGACCAAUGCUGGAGACGACAUGAAUAAGGUCACCAUGUCCACCUGCCACGCAGCGAAGGGAUUGGAAUGGCCUGUUGUGUUCGUGCCAGGCGUGGAGACCGACAUCUUUCCAUUCAAACGCGCGGACAACUUCUCCGAGGAGCGGCGUCUGCUCUAUGUUGCUGCAACUCGCGCGCAAGGCUUGCUCUACAUGACGCACUGUGGCCAGCGCAUGAUCAACGCGAAGACGGAGGCCCAUGAACUGUCACGCUUUGUUCUGUUUCCCUUGAAAGACGACAAGCGCUUGAUGAGCCCGGAGGUGCCUAACCUGAAUCCGGAGAAUAUAUCGGUGUUGGCGACAGUGUUGCGGCGACCAGAGCCCGAUUCAGAACUGUGCUCACGUCAGACAGCCGCAUUCGACGCCACGAACCUGAAAAUCCGUCUAUGGGAUCUCAUAGCUCAGAACCAUCCGUGGCCACAACCUCCAGUUGCUGCAAGACCGCAUGGGCCUACCGAGAAAGAGGCAGAGAACCUCCAGAAAUACUAUGAGGGCGCCGAUGAGGAGGCGAAGAGGUUGGUGGCGAGUGGAAUGGACCCAAUGGAGGCCCAGAAGAAAUCGAAUGAAGCACUUGUUAACGGGGAGCUUCCCGGAUUCCAGAGUGUUCGGCAUCUCUUGAGACCCCAAGAGUACGGGCCCGGUGAUACGGACGACUACCGCGGUGUUAAGUCGAAGCUCAUCCGUGCAGGGCAGUUCCAACACUGGGCGAACAAGACAGGUUCAGGGGAACAAGUGACCAGGGCUGAGGUCCAGGCAGCGGGUGGCUUCAACGCCGCGGGGCUCAUGUUGCUGCAGCAGCAGAGGCGAGGUGAGGCCCCAGGACCUUCGAAGCCUGUAGUUGGCCAACCACCACUACCGCCACCCGACGCCCCUCGACCACUACCCCCUCCUCCCGUGCACCCCCUCGACCGUGCCGACGUCGUGUAUUACUCGAAGUCGCAAGAGAGGGCACCGUAUAUGCCCAAGCCGCGUCCGGCAUAUGAGCCAGAGGAGCCUAUAGAUGUGCCGCGCUUUGACGAGCCGCCUGCGCCACCCAGCCAAGAGGUGCUCAUCGCAUGGUCACCCAGUCCAGAGCCUCCGACGCGCCGUACAUCAUCGGAUUCGGGACAACCUAUCGCUUCAUCUUCCAAGUUACCGACGCCUGCAAGCGGUGACGAAUACGACUUCAUGAACGAUGACGACUGGACGCAGCCGCCCAGUCCCCCUCGUGCUCCACGGUCUGCAGCGUCCGUGAAACGUUCUGCGACACCGCCUCGUCAAGUAACGACCUCAACUCGACCCACUUCACCUCUGACACCUCGAGACAUGAACCGACGCUCUUCAGGGACCCAACCUCAGAAGCAGGUUGCACGCGCGGCGCUCAAUGAGUACGAUGACAUGUUCCUUGAUGAAGACGAAUGGUUACAGCCACCGAGCCCGCCGCCGCCGCGGACCGCUCCCCUCAAACCGCCCUCCAUAGCUACGAAGGGCAAUUCGCGUCCGGUUGGGAAGGCGAACAAGCCAGUCUCGAAAGCAACUGCGCGCCCAACCUCGCAGACGACUCUAAAGGCACACAUUUCCAUAUCGUCUGGGUCGCAGACGGGCAAGCAACCGUCACCACCUUCACGAGUCGCAACGCAACCGCGAGCAACACCUGCCUAUCCUCGAACUAAGGUCGAAGCCAGAGCACCAUCGCGUGCACCAGCAACCGAGGCCGCUUCUAUACCCACCGCUCCUGCACCAACCCCUCCACCAGCGCCGGUAGCAGGUACGAAACGGCGUUUGGGUAUGGGUCGUCCGACUGUGGGAUACUCCAACAAGAAGUUCAAGGCGUAUAAGCCUCCAGGACCUGCAUGA